CCAAAUACAGAACCAAAAAGAUCAACAAAAAAAACCAGUCCAACUCUUUUCUGAAUUCUGACUCAAGUCUCUUCACCCAAACUGCCGAAAUUCAGGAGAGAGAAAAAUCACCAGAGCAAAAAACUAAAAAUCACUUUCUACUUCUUCAACCAGAACAAAAACUCCAUUUUCGUAAUUAUUACAGAAAGCUUGAAUAAACAUAGAUAUGGAGGAAGAAAACAGUGAGAUUAACAAUGGCAUAGUUGAUACUGGAAAGGCUGAAAGAUCGGUUUGGUUGAUGAAAUGCCCACUUGUAAUUUCUAAGUCGUGGCAAUCACGCGCUUCAUCUUCCGACCCUCAACCCGUCGCUAAGGUUGUUCUCUCGCUCGAUCCUCUUCGACCCGAUGAUCCUUCUGCCGUUGAGUUCACUAUGGAGAUGAAUGGCUCCGACAUGGGUCCAAGGAGCUACUCCUUAAAUAUGUUUAAGGACUUCGUUCCCAUGAGUAUUUUCUCGGAGAGUCAAGGUAAGGUUGCGGUGGAAGGCAAAGUUGAGCAUAAAUUUGACAUGAAGCCCCAUAAUGAAAAUUUUGAGGAGUAUGGAAGAUUGUGCCGUGAAAGGACAAAUAAGUCCAUGAUUAAGAACAGACAGAUUCAGGUGAUUGAUAAUGACCGUGGUGUACACAUGCGGCCUAUGCCUGGGUUGUUUGGACUUGGUACUACUUCUAAGGAGAAGAAAAAGACAGCACCAGUUAAGCCAGUAGAGAUGAAGAGAACCAGAAGGGAUCGUGGAGAACUGGAGGACAUCAUGUUUAAGUUAUUUGAAAGGAAGCCUAACUGGGCACUAAAGCAAUUGGUCCAAGAAACAGAUCAACCUGCUCAAUUUUUGAAAGAAAUUUUGAAUGAGCUAUGUGUAUACAACAAAAGAGGAACGAAUCAAGGUACUUAUGAGCUUAAGCCCGAAUACAAGAAAGCAGUGGAUAAUACUGGAGCUGACUAAGUGUUCUCCUUGUGUUGUUCAAUUCGAUGUAUCAUGGUCCUGGAGCUAACAAUGAUGUCUGGAGACACGGUGGAAGUGGAACUGCUGUAUGUUGAGUUGCUUAAUUUUACCAAUGUUCACCAUAUGGACUUGACAUAUAGUUGCCUCAUGUUGCCCUUACAUAAGAAGCCUUAAUGUUAAGUACUCACACGAUGGUGAUGCAUGUAAAUUAUACCCCUCCUUACUGUUCUCUUGCUCAUUUUAACCUUUGUAUUUGGUUGCUUGUCUAGUCGAAACAAAGGAUUACAUAUAGCCAAAAAACUUCUUUUUACAUUCAUAGUAUAUGUGUACGCUUGAGAUUAAAGAACAGACUAGCGAUUCAGUGUUCGCUCUUGUAACAUAUAGGCGUGGGUUCCUUGAAUUUCUCCCUGCUACUUUCUCUAUUAGGAUGAAAUGUAAAAUUAAUCUUACAGGGCUAGGUGUAGGCACCAAGCAUGUUUCAUCAAGGCCUUAGCUGGAUUUGGACUAGCAUAGUCAGACCAGUUGGCUCAUUUCCUUAUUGUAAUCUAGUCCUAACGGCUUCGUCCA